AUGGCAGGCCCAAGUAUUGCUUGCAUUGGGGUCUUUGGGAAGGCAGAUAACCCUCUUCACAUCUCUUUGUUUCCCCCAUACUCAGACUCCACCAUUGACUUCUCCUUCUUGUUGAAUUCUUGUCUUGACAUCUUUGAUAUUCGCGGCAAACAAACCUCGAUCGAUCAAGAUCUGGGCCUGUUACAUGCAAUCGACGAACGGCUGGCAGCCUAUGGUUGGCUGACGACGACCGGGGUUAAACUCUUGAUAAUUGUGGACAUGUUUGGCCAAGAAGAAUCCACAGGCCCUGGGAAACCAGCAUCCGCUGCCAUCAAUGGAUUGAGAGACUCAGAUAUGAAGCCGGCAUUCCGAGCACUACAGAGUGCUUAUAUUCAGCUUCUGCAGAAUCCGUUCUAUUCCCCUGAUGACCACGUACCGGUCCCCGGAAACUCAGCGGCUUCUCUCUCCGCUUGCCAGCCCAUUUCUAAUAAAAGGUUUAUUGCGGAUGUCAAACGUAUUGGCGACUCAUGGGUACCUGGUGCAGCUUUGUAG